AUGGCUUCCAAAACAACAACACCAUCAUCACUACUAACUCUCUUCCUCAUCCUCAACCUUCUCCCCACUAACCUUGCAACUUCAUGUCCUCAUCCCACCCCUAAACCUAAGGGCAAGUGCCCGGUGGAUGCUCUCAAGCUUGGUGUUUGUGCUGUUGUUCUCAAUGGCCUAUUAAUUGCCACCAUUGGAAACCCUCCAAAGAAACCAUGUUGUACACUCAUUGAAAAUCUACUUGAUCUUGAGUCUGCUGCUUGCCUUUGCACUACCAUUAAGGCUAACCUUCUUGGCCUCCACCUUAAUGUCCCUCUUGCUCUUAGCCUUCUUCUCAACUACUGUGGGAAAAAGGUCCCCACUUGUUUCCAGUGUCCUUAA